UGCUGCGUUAUCGCGAACCUGCAAUUCAGCGCAAUUCGGCAUCUUCUCGAGGACGAAAAUGAUCGGAAUCAUCGACGACGCGAUGGGCGCGGCCGCGAAGCAGAUCGGGCUCGAUACCGACCCGCUGAAGCUGUUUUUGACCUUUGUGCUUUCGUAUCCGCUCUGUGCGGUUCUCAAACGGCUGCCUGAUUAUACGCCGGUUUAUAAGCAGCUGUUUUGUAUCGCUGUCUCUGCGUUCUACCUGCUCGGAAUAUUCGACCUCAAAGACGGAGUACAGACGCUGAUGAUCUCGGCCAUGGGCACAUACGGCCUGGCAAAGUACGUCAAGUCGCCGCUGAUGCCGUGGAUGGUGUUUGUCUUUGUCAUGGGACAUCUGACCAUCAACCAUAUCGAGCGGUACCGGUCGCCCGAGGACACGUCGAGCUCUGGGCGCAUGGACAUCACCGGCUCGCAGAUGGUGCUGGUCAUGAAGCUCUCCGCGUUUGGCUGGAACGUCCACGACGGCCGCCGCCCGGCCUCUGAACUGAGCUCGUUGCAGAAAGACCGCGCUCUGCCUACCCUACCUCCGUUGCUCGACUACCUCACCUACGUGUUUUUCUUCCCGUCGCUCAUGGUCGGCCCCUCGUUCGACUACUCCGAGUUCCGGCGCUGGCUCGACUUUUCGAUCUUUGAAAACGAGUACACGACGCCCCACCCCGACGGCAAGCCGCGGAAGCACAAGCGCAAGAUUCCGCGAUCGGGACGGGUUGCGGCGCGGAAGGCGGCCGAGGGCGUGAUGUGGAUCGCGCUCUGGAUUAUAAUGUCGAGCAAGUUUAGUUCCGGCGUGCUGUUCACGGACACGUACCUCGGCAGGAACUUUUUUUACCGCGCGUUUUACAUGUGGCCGCUUGGGUUUGCCUACCGGCUGAAGUAUUACGGAGCGUGGACUCUGGCGGAGGGCGCGUGCAUUCUCUCUGGUCUGAGCUACAACGGCAUCGAUCCGGUGACAAAGAAGCGCAAAUGGGACCGCGUGCGCAAUAUCGACCCGUACAGACACGAGACGGGACAGAACAUGCACGCGCUGCUCGAGACGUGGAAUAUGAACACAAACAAGUGGCUCAAGACAUAUGUGUAUCUGCGGGUGACGCCAAAGGGCAAGCGACCUGGGUUCCGCAGCACUUUGUUUACCUUUGCGACGUCUGCUUUCUGGCACGGUGUGUCGCCGGGGUACUAUCUGACGUUCAUCACCGGUGCGUUUCUGCAGUCGUGUGGUCGUAGCGCGCGCAGAUAUAUCCGUCCGUUUUUCAUGUCGCCGGAUUUGAGUCAGCCGGGACCGUACAAGAAAUACUACGACGCGCUGACGUAUGUGGUUUCGCAGAUGUCGCUGCAGUACACUGUGCAGCCGUUUGUGAUUCUGACGUUCAGGGACUCGCUUUACGUAUGGUCGACGGUGUACUUUUACGUGCAUAUCGGAAUCUUUAUCUUCAUCACGACAUUCUCGCAAAAGAAAGUGAAGAAGUAUAUCGAAGCCAAACUAGCGGCGCGCACGGAGAUCUCCUCGAAGCUCGACAAGCUGCGGUUCGAGAUCGAGCAGGCGCGCAUCAAGAAGAUUCCGGUGGAGGUCGAGCGGGUGCUUGCGCGGGAGCCGACGCUCGGAGUUCCGGAUCAGGAGCUGGACGAGGCGUUGGAGUUGAUGAGAGGGGAGAUGACAGAGGAUAUUAGUGCGCUGAAGCAGGAUUUGCAGGAGUUUAGGCGGCGGGCUACGAAUACGUUUGAUGAUGCGAAGAAGUCGCUGCCGCGGCCGAGGAGUAGGAAGGAGUAAGA